UAUUUUAGAGGCAUUACGGUAGAGAGCAAACUGUCCCCCAACAUAUCCUCAACCAACACACAACCCGAGUAAUUCAUCACUGAUUUACCAGCGAACGAGCGAGCGACAGACGGGAUGCCAAAAACUGAAUCGAGUAUCGUCAUUGGGACUUGUGGAGGGGUUAGGAUCUGAAUAACAGCGAGAUAGCAGGAUCAAAACAGAGUAAGGGGAGGCCACGAACAGCCCGAAAAGCUCCGUGCUUUCUUUCCAUCAACUUCCCGGAGGGCUGCGCAUGCAGCCUGUGUGUGAGUUAGUGAAACUAGCUAGUCUAGUAUUGUUCUGACUUCACUACAGUGCCCACUCCGAGAGAGAGAGAGGACGCACAACAAAAGGGAAAGAAAGGAAGCAAGGACGGACUAAUUAUAACGAACACGGUUGUAGUUGAACGUAAUGGUCCUGCGAUACCAAUCUUAGAUCCCAAGAUUGAUCAGUUUUAGUUCUGUUUGGUUUGCGUCUUGGUCGCCGAGAGUGGACUCGUCGGGUGGUGUUGCGCUGAGCUGAAACGGGGCUGUCCACAUGGUCCAACCACUGGUGUGAAAGUUGACUUCUUCAGAAUUCAAGAACAGGUGCCACGUGAUGAUGGUGGAAUCGGCCUCUGAGACCACUCGAACUACGCCCUCCAAUCAGAACGGAGUCAGCAGCCUCAGCAGCCAUUCGGACGGCGGGGGAGGGAGAGAAGGCGGGUCCAACGGGGACACCAAUGGGGAGAUCAGCCCAGUGGACCUACUGCACCUCCAGCAGCAGCAGGCCCUGCAGGCAGCCAGACAGUUCCUCCUCCAACAGGCCUCUGGACUCAACUCCCCCAGCAGCAACGAGGUGAAACAGAGCCCGGUGCAGGUGCCAGUGUCCAUGACUAUGUUGGCCCCCCAGAUGAUCAGUCCUCAACAGAUGCAGCAGAUCCUGUCCCCUGCUCAGCUACAGGCCCUGCUGCAACAACAACAGGCCAUCAUGCUACAGCAGCUACAGGAGUACUAUAAGAAGCAGCAGGAGCAGCUGCAUCUUCAGCUUCUGACUCAGCAGCAGCAGCAGGCUGGGAAGCAGGCGGCCAAAGAGCAGCAGAUAGGUAACAAGCAGUUGGCCUUCCAGCAGCAGCUCAUUCAGAUGCAGCAACUUCAACAGCAGCACAUCCUCAACCUGCAGAGACAAGGCCUGGUCUCCCUACAGCCCAGUAACCCCAUGCAGAGCCUGCAGCAAGCCAUGUGUCCUGGGGACCUGCAGCAGCUGUGGAAGGAGGUGUCGGGGGUGCAGUCUGCAGAGGAGGCCCUGAAGCAGCAGCAGACUGGAGAGGGUCUGGACCUCAGCACCAACUCUACCUCAACCUCCUUCCCCAAAGCAAACACACGCAGCAGCCUGCACAAUGGACAGGACAACCACACCCCAAAGAGAGACAGAUACAGAGACAGAGCAAGACUCUUUGAAUGGAUCUCCUCCUUCAGCAAGGCAGACCUCGGAGAUGAACACCUCAUGCCUUACACCAAAGGCGGACCACUAUCCAGCAGCCACCAUGAGGAGCAUGCAGGUUCCCAUCCUCUCUAUGGCCAUGGAGAGUGUAAAUGGCCUGGCUGUGAGGCUCUGUGUGAUGACAUGGGACAGUUCAUCAAGCAUCUGAACAAUGAGCAUGCUCUGGAUGACCGCAGCACGGCCCAGUGCAGGGUGCAGAUGCAGGUGGUCCAACAGCUGGAGAUACAGCUGUCCAAGGAGAGUGAACGACUGCAGGCGAUGAUGACCCACCUGCACAUGCGCCCUUCGGAGCCAAAGCCUUUCAAUCAACCUCUGAACCUGGCGUCCAGUGGCUCCCUGCUGAAGAGGGAGAGCGAUGUGUACCCCGAGGGUCUACCUCACCCCCCCACCUCCGCCGCCGCCCCUAUUACCCCGGUCCGCCAGGGCCCCUCUGUCAUCAGCUCCUCCAGCCUGCACUCACACUCACACUCACACUCACACUCACACCCGCACGGCGUGGGACCCAUACGCAGGCGCAUCGCUGACAAGUUCUGCACCCCCAUCGCCUCAGGUAUACGAGAGGAGCUGGCGCAGAACUGUGAGUUCUAUAAGAACGCUGAUGUCAGACCUCCCUUCACCUACGCCUCUCUCAUACGCCAUGCCAUUCUGGAGGCUCCAGACAUGCAGCUGACUCUUAAUGAGAUCUAUAACUGGUUUACACGAAUGUUCGCCUACUUCAGGAGAAACACAGCCACAUGGAAGAAUGCUGUGCGCCACAACCUGAGUCUGCAUAAGUGUUUUGUGAGGGUGGAGAACGUGAAGGGGGCCGUGUGGACGGUGGACGAAGUGGAAUACCAAAAGAGAAGACCACCAAAGAUGACUGGGAGUCCUACUCUGGUGAAGAAUAUGAUUUCAGGCCUGGGCUUCGGUUCCCUAAACGCCAGCUACCAGGCGGCCCUUGCAGAGAGCAGUCUGACUCUGUUGAACAGCCAGGGCCUGGUUAACCCCUCCUCUGCCGCCAGUCUCAGCAUGCUACACGGGAUGGGUCACAAUGACGUCAGCUCCACUGUGGAACAGGUCAACAGCAACGGUAGCUGCAGCCCUACACUCAGCCCACAGCAGUAUGGACACCAGGUCCAUGUGAAGGAGGAGCCCACUGAGGUUGAGGAGGACAGACGCUCCGUGUCGCUCAUGGCAACUAUCACUCAUGGCAACAUGGCAUUGCCUAGCGAUCGGGAUGAUCGAGAUUUGGAGGAUGAGCUUCCAACCGACGAGCUGGAGUAGGAUUGGAAGAGCUGAACCAGUGGGCGGGACUUUGAGGUUUAAUCCCGCCCCUUCCAUUGGAGGGAAGAGAAAUUAUGACACAUAAAAAAGAAGAUAUAGAGAGUUUAAAAAAAGUAUGAUUUCUUUUAAAGCAAGAAACUAACAACAAUGAGAAACUUCAAACAGGGUUAGACCUCCGUUAUGUAUCGAUGCAAAAAUAACACUCUGGAGCAUUGCUUUAUCCCCACACGUUUUCACCCACCUCACCACCCCCCCUCCUCCCCCACCCUAUGAGCAGAGAGACAGCUCUCAGUGGUGAUAUGGAGGUUCCCCCUUCUCCUCUGUCCUCCUCUCCCUGCUGAUUGUGACAGAUGGUCUGCCCACCCUACAGUCCUUUAGUGCUGGUAGUUUGAUGUUCACACCACUUAAAUAUACAUACAGGUGUGUGUGAGGGAGAGUGUAGACACACACACACACCAGAUCAUGUAUAUAUAUUUUGGAACAGUCACCAGGAUGUCACCAGGACUUCUCCUACGAUCCUGUCAGUCGCUUUUUAUUUUCUUCUGUUAACUGAGAGAGAAGGAAAGACAGUUGUAAUUUUCUCAAAGAUUAUCUGCUCACACAUCAGAAACCAAGCGUACAAGCCAGUCAGUGAUCCAUAGGUGAGACUGAGACUGGAUGGCAGGACUCUGCCCUAAGCCCACUCUCUACCCAUUCUCUGCCCAAGCCAGACAAGACUCUCUCUCCUCCUUAAGCCAAACACAGAAAGAAGAAAUCCCCCAUCCCCACAAAACAGAUUUCAGGAAGAGGACCCUUUGUUGCAUUACUCCUUCUUCAUGCGUGAUAGAGUGAUGGGCCCAGGCCACCGAGAGAGAGAGAAAGAGAGGUAGGAGAGAGGGAGGGAGGGAGCAUCCACACAGCGAUAUCUGAAUACAAUGGUUGAGGAUUAUGGAAUAAGAAAAAUGUUACCCAAAAAGUGGUAUCGUUUUCACAUCUUUUUUUAUUUGAUGGUUUCUUUGUUUAUUUUUUAGGGUCAAUAUUUCCAUGGUGAUAUAAUUCUGUUUCAAAGUGUAUUUUGUAGUUUUUUGUUUUUAUUGACUCUGCUGGUUCACACCAUUCUAUACUAGUAUUGUCAGGAAAGAAAGCGUUGUUCCAAAAAUACCCAUACCCAACCCACCCUACUCUGAAUACCUUUCUGUAUGUCUGGGUGUGCCCGUUUAGAUGGCAGGAGAUUGAGAAUAGCACUUAGGAUCUGGGGCCUCAGCUCCUGAGAACACUCACUCAUUAUCCCCACAAUUUGUCAUACAUUUUUAUUAUUCCUUUUCAACUCAUUCCUUUUUAUUUUAUCUUCUCGUAGUUAGUUGAGAAACAUCAGCUGUGAUACAAAGCAAUGCUUUAAAAAAUAUAUUAUUACGGUCAGAGAAUACCUCAUCCCACAAAGGUUCCAUCUGGAACUGUGUCCAAAAUGUUAAAGAAAUAAGGGGAAUUCUUUUUGCGGGACACCAAAAUGUGGCAACUCAGUUUCAGUUCAAAGUUCUAUUGUUACUAUAGUUACUGUAUAGAAGCUAUCUGCAAUUCACUGUGUGAGUUGGACUAAAAGAAUAGCACGUGAGAUUACAAAUCUUUUGUUUUCAGUGAGCAUAAAAGCAUUACCUUCUCUGCAGUGCCAUACCAAAUUUAAACACAUUAUUUUCAUGUAUUUUCUGCUUUCUUCCCAUUUUAUUUUUGUUACAGGUAACCAAAGAAAUGUGUAGAAAACCAAAAACCCUGUAGUUUAUUUUUCCCCUUUUUGAGUUUUUCCUCUAAAGAACUGGCCAAAAGACAACCAACACCUGAAAUCUAAGUUAUCAUUGUAUUAUCGUAACUCCUGCGUUGAAUUUGUUCAUGACAGUACUGACCAUUCCAAAAACCAAAGUAUAAAAUGCAAAAUAGAAUUUGGUGAUGUUUAAAGCUUUUUACAUACGUGUUAACUGGUGCGAAUGACGACUCACGUUAGGUAUGCUAUGGUAGAAGGCCAAAAACAGUAUUAACAAACAGCCUCUUGCAGUUCCUUCGAUAAAGAAAGAAAGCGCUUAGGAUUUAAAUGUGUAUCCCUCCAUGCUCAGGCUACCUGUGUUUCAAACACAACCCUAAGAGAGGCUCCGCUGUGGGCAGGCCUAAGAUGGGCUUUACAGUUAAAGAUGGCAAAUCAUUAUCUUACCCUCAUAAGGCACUUGAACACAACAUUUAUAUCCCUUUAUGUGACACUAGAAGCCAGCAAAAAACUAACUGUGGGCUGUUGUCAGUUGUCCAUUAACCGGGAUACCGGGCCCAAAAAAUACAUUGUUAUUGCACUGCAAUAAUGCAUGUUUGGAUUCAUUUCCUCAACCAAAACAAUGCUUUCAUUGUGAAACUCAACACUAUAAAUUCAAACAACCCUUCGUGCUAUGCAGCAGAAUGUUAUCUUCUUGACCCGGGUACCAGUUAGACUGAAUAACGAACGGUUUAGCGGGGAACGGUUUAGCGGUGAACGGUUUAGCGGUGAAAGGUUUAGCGGGGAACGGUUUAGCGGGGAACGGUUUAGCGGUGAGCGGUUUAGCGUUGAAAGGUUUAGCGGUGAGCGGUUUAGCGGGGAACGGUUUAGCGUUGAAAGGUUUAGCGGUGAGCGGUUUAGCGGGGAACGGUUUAGCGGUGAACGGUUUAGCGGGGAAAGGUUUAGCGGGGAACGGUUUAGCGGUGAACGGUUUAGCGGUGAACGGUUUAGCGGUGAACGGUUUAGCGGGGAACGGUUUAGCGGUGAACGGUUUAGCGG